UAAUCCAAGUCCAGGCAAAGCCUUUAAGCUAAAAUCGAAUACAUUAGUAGCUUCGUUAGCGUUACUGUGGGACACGACAACAUUAACAUCUUCAUCUCCGCCAUAGGUACUAGGGUUGCUCCAAUGGAGGAUACCCAAGAAAUUGAGGAGAAGGCACAUGAAAUAGUGAUUUCAGAUGAAACACCUGAAAAGGAGCAAGAAACUCGUGAUGAAAUUCUUUCACGACACAGGAAAGAGAUAUCACAACUGCAGAAAAGGGAAGUUGAAAUGAAAAAGGCAGCAGCUAGAGGUAGCAAGGCUGAGCAGAAAACUAAGAAGAAGCAAGUGGAGGAAGAGGUUUCUCAACUUUCUGCUAAGCUUAAAGAGAAACAUGCCCAAGAACUGGCUGCGUUAGGCUAUAGCAGUGGUAACGGAAGUGAAAAGAACAAUUUGGACAGUUUGGUGAAGGCCAUAGCCGGAGUAUCUGUUACUAGUGAACCUGAACAUAAAAAGGUCAGCAAGGCCAAACAGAGGCGAGACAAAAGAGCACAACAUGAAGCAGAAAGGGAGCAAAGAAUCCAAGCAGAGCAGAGUGACAUUGUAAGUGAUCGUAUGAUUGAAAAUGAGAAAUUGGAAAGGAAGUUGAAGCCUCUUGGCUUGACUGUUUGUGAAAUAAAGCCUGAUGGGCACUGCCUCUAUAGAGCUGUUGAGGAUCAGUUAGCCCUCCUCUCUGGGGGUAAAUCUCCUCAUACAUACCAAGAACUUCGAGAGAUGGUAGCUGCAUACAUGAGAAAGAAUACAACUGAUUUCCUUCCAUUUUUCCUGUCAGAGAAUUUGAUUGAAGGUGAUUCUGAUGAAUCACUUGCUGAGAAGUUUGAAAAUUAUUGUAAAGAAGUGGAGUCCACGGCAAUAUGGGGAGGACAACUAGAGCUUGGUGCCUUGACUCACUGCCUGAAGAAGCAUAUUAUGAUAUUUUCAGGGUCCUUCCCAGACGUGGAGAUGGGGAAGGAGUAUAAAUCCGAUUAUGCUACUGACUCGUCUAGUUCGAGUAUUAUGCUUUCUUAUCAUAAGCAUGCUUUUGGGCUUGGUGAGCAUUAUAAUUCUGUGGUCCCAACAUGAUCACAUUGGCAUAUCAUAGGAUGCUUAUCAUGUCGCCUUGUAGCAUUUUUCUUUACAGCCAAGCAUUUGGCUGAAGGUCUCUUGAAACCGAAAUUGUGAUUUGCGAAUGGCUUUAACUGUA